AUUGCAGGCCCACUUCCGGCUUCCAGUUUGACUUAAAGUCACUAGGAAUAGCUACUGUACCAUUUAUGAUAUGGCCACCCAGUAUUUAUGAUAUGGCUACACACAAUCCGUGCUGAUAGUAGAAAUUCCUGUGAUGCCAUUCUCAGGAUUUUCAUCCCAAAUUUGCCUUGAAGAAAACAUGUCUCAAAAGCAGUUGAAAGAAGCUUUCAUCAGUAACCUCAAUGGAACUAGUGUGCUGGAAAUCACCCAGGGCUUAUGCUUACCUGCAUUCUGUAUCCUGUGCAGAGGGCUCCUGAUCAUUUCCUUACAGCACUUGAGUUCUUUUUCACAUAACUGGAGAACUCGAUUCUUCGUUGAUUUUGUUGUCCUAGUCAUUCCCCUUGUGACUGCUUUGACCAUUUUAUCUUCAUUUAUCUUCUUUGAGCUUCUCAUUGUAAUUAUGUGCGGGGCAGGGCUGGUCUAUCAAAUAUACCAAAGGAGAACUUGCUAUGCUAGAGUGCCUGUCCAGAAAAUCCUUGAAAAAUUCUUGCAAGUCAGUCUGGAAUCAGAAUACAAUCCAACCAUCUCUAAUUACCGUGUAUCCAACAGUGUAUUUGUCGCUAUUGCCAUUUUGGCUGUGGACUUCCCACUUUUCCCCAGAAGAUUUGCUAAAACUGAGCUCUAUGGGACCGGGGCAAUGGAUUUUGGAGUAGGAGGCUUGGUUUUUGGGAGUGCAAUGGUUUGUCCAGAGAUCAGAAGGAGAAAACAUAGGGAGGGAUUUGGAUUUCAUCUUUUAAAAUCGUUGUACUCUGUUUGGCCAUUAAUCAUCCUAGGACUAGGACGACUAAUUACUAUAAAAUCCAUAGAAUAUCAGGAACAUUUAACUGAGUAUGGAGUACACUGGAACUUUUUCUUCACAUUAAUUGUUGUAAAACUGGUAACAACAGUGCUUUUGAUUGUGUUCCCCUUAAAUAAAUCCUGGAUCGUGGCAAUCAGCAUUAUUGUAUUAUACCAGCUAACCCUUGACUUAACCCCACUGAAGAGGUUCAUUUUGUAUGGCUCUGAUGGCAGUGGCACAAGGGUUGGCUUAUUAAAUGCUAACCGAGAAGGAAUAGCCUCUACUUUGGGAUAUGUGGCAAUUCACAUGGCUGGUGUGCAAACAGGAUUGUAUGUAUUUAGGAACAGGAUACAUAUCAAAGACUGGAUAAAAGUAGCAUGUUGUCUUCUACUAGUAAGUAUUAGCCUCCUCACAUCCCUCUACAUAGUUCAAGUAAAGGUAGAAGCGGUAUCUCGAAGAAUGGCCAAUUUAGCCUUUUGUAUGUGGAUAGUUGCUUCUAGCCUCAUCUUUCUUAGUUGUUUAUUACUGACUGAUAUAAUUUUGAGUUUUGCCAAAUUUCUGAUUAAAGGGGCUCUAGUACCAUGUUCUUGGAAACUUAUCCAGUCACCUGGUACAAAUAAAAAGCAUUCUGAUUUUCUAGUCCCCAAAGCUGAAAGAGAAGAACUCAGUCCUUGUUUAAUCACAGCUCUAAACAGAAACCAGCUAAUGUUUUUCUUGCUGUCAAAUAUAACAACUGGCCUGAUCAACCUAAUGGUAGAUACAUUACACAGCAGUACCUUGUGGGCAUUAUUUGUGCUUCAUGUCUAUAUGUUUACCAACUGUUUAAUUAUAUACAUACUUUAUUUACAAGGUAAAACUGUGAAGUUUUGGUGAUUAAUAAGGGUAGGGCAUACUUUGAGCAACAUAUUAAUGGGGAAGAAUAAAUGUGACAAAAAGAGACUUUCAGAAACAAAGUCUUUACAUACUGUUGUAACACUGAAAUUCCAGCCAGGCAUGGUGGCACAUGCCUAUAAUCCCAGCACUUAGGAGGCUAAGGCAGGAGGAUCACUGAGAGUUCAAGGCCUGCAUGUCUUAGAUAGCGAGAGGGUAUCUAAAACACAAAAAAUCUGAAGUUCCAGUCCUCUAAUAGCAAUGAUGUCUGUCUCUUUUCUUUUUUUCCUUCUUUCUCUUUCUUUGAAGUAGGAGGGGUCUUGUAAGUUUGCCCAGGUAGGUCAUCUUGCCUCAGCUUCCUGAGCAUUGGGAAUUACAGCCAUGUGUCACUGGACCUGCCUGCUUAUUUUAAUGUUUCUCAGCAUUACACACAAUCAACAGAAAGUAAAUUAAAGCCUUGUAACUUGUAAAGCUUUGUUAAUUGCCAGUAUUUUAAGGGAUACUUCAGAGUUUUGACACUGGAUUAUGGGAAAGUUGGGAUUUUUACUAUCUUAACAUCACCUUAUGUCAUUUUGUAUUUCUUGUUGUAUUUUAUAAUGUUUACAUUAAAUGGAAUGUUACAUGAAGACA